GCGGAGUAGCUACGAGUCGCUCGUUAUAUCACACUCGUAGCAACUACGACUACGAUCGUAGACCGGAGCUUUCGUUACGCUACGCCACAGGUGCUACGACAUAUGUAACUGAAUCACAUCAUAAAACGGUCCUGAACGUGCUAAUCGUCUAGACUUCGGUAAUGAAAAUGGGCAAGAGUGGUCACUUACUUUGAUGGCAUGUGACAGAGUGAGAAAGAAAGAGGCAAUGGUGCCAUUUCACUUAAAUACCCUCUUCCUUCUGAUGCUAAUUAUAAAACAAGGUAACGGCCAAGCGACAGACGUGGACGUGAGGAUAUCAGCACCAAGUUGGGUGGCACGAGGAAGUUCAGCAACGUUGCGAUGUUUGCAUCAAGUUCCUCCACAACUUCUGUACAAGGUGGAAUUCCUGAGAACUGGCGCCAAAGUCUUGCAAUACGUCAGGGAGCGUGUGCCUCCCUAUACCAAUUAUACGUUCCAAGGGGGCAAAGUUAAUAUGUCUCUAGUGACUGAAAACUCAAUAACUUUGGACAAUCUGGACCCAACAGCGUCAGGACUGUACUGGUGUGAAGUGUCAUUGGAGACUCCAAUAUUUACAGCUGCAUCGCCACCUCACCAGUUGACUGUUGUCUAUUCUCAAAAGCAUCCACCUAUUAUAACAUUUGGCAAGCCGGACGUCGUAGUGGGUGGACUUCUGCGGGCGAACUGCACCAGCGCUCCAGCUGCACCGGCACCGAGACUCACCUGGUACAUAGACAAUGAAAAGGUACCCGAAGACGCUAUAAAAUACUUUUCGUAUCGUGUAUCGAGCUCAACCCGCACCAAAGGCGGGGGAUAUCGACACAGGAAGCACCAACAUCGAUAUAUUGCCCCCGAGUUCAACUACACAGCUAAGUAUUGGGCACUUGUGAGUGAAAGUACCACACCAUCUCCGGCAAACUUGGCUAAGCACAGUAAAUGUACUUUAAAGGAAGGACCAGAUGAGGUUGCCAAGAUAAAGGAAAAGCCUCGCGAGGCAGUACACCCACCGAUUUCCCUUUGGGUAUCGAUUGCUGAGCUUCGAACACCAGCCCAUGGAAGACUUCAGCUGACCUGCACUGCUACUAUUCCCGAUGAGGUGGGACCGGGAGAAAAGUUUGCUGACGUGAAGAAGCAAACUGUUACAGUUGCGGUGAACGAGCUCAGCUUGAAGAAGCCGAGAACGGAUACAAGUGUUGCCAACAGUACUUCCGCUUCGCUACACAACUUGUGCUCCCUCUGGUUAAUUGGCAGCUUUGUAAUACAAGAGCUUACUUUACCUCUCCGUUAAAUCCCUUUAAUAUAAUAUCAAUGUUGUAGACACUUACGUAGUUAAUGUAUUUGCUCCACUCUUAAAUGUCGAACUUGUAGUAGUAGUGUCAAAGAAUCAUUGAAGUACAAUAAACUAUUAGACUCGUCAAAAAAUGUCCGAGCAGCAUUGUAUGUACGUAUUAACUUCAUAUAUAACACUAGCUGACCCAGCAAACGUUAUAUUGCUGAUAUUAAAAUCGCGAUACAAAAGUAACUGUUGAUCGUAGAUGGGUGAAAAUUUGAAGUUGUAUCUAUUUUUUAAUGCUGACUCAUAAUCAAACUGUCAUAAUUUAAAAAAAAUGUCAAAAAAAUAUUAAAAAAAAAUUCGUGUGGACCACCCUUAACAUUUAGGGGGAUGACAAAUAGAUGUUGUCCGAUUCUCAGACCUACCCAAUAUGCACUCAAAAUUUCAUGAGAAUCGGUCAAGCCGUUUCGGAGGAGUUCAAUGUUUAACACCAUGAUACGAGAAUUUUAUAUAUUAGAAGAUUAAAACUCAC